GGAAGGCUUGUCCUGCUAGAAUGGAAGUUGUAUCCUCCACUCCCGAUGGAAAUGUUGAAGUACAUUUUUUCAAAACGCAUGUUGGACAUUCAAUGGAUCUUGGACGAAUUAAUUUAAGCAGAAAUAUGAGACUGGAGAUUGCUGGAAAAUUAAAAGAAGGUGUGAGUUUUGAGCACAUAUUAGAUUCAAUACGUGAUGCAGGCAUAACAGAAGAAGGCUUCCAGCGUCUCCAGCUAUUAGAUAGAACUGAUUUGCGAAACAUAAUGAAGGAGUUUCAUAUCGAUUAUGAUACUAAGCACCAUGAAAAUGAUGCAGUUAGUGUAACUUUAUGGGUUGAAAAAAUGAAAAUGUUAGGUAAAGAAUGCCCGGUUUUAUUUUACAAACCACAGAAUAUAGAAUGUGAAUCUAGUAUACUAAACCCUGAAGAUUUUGCAUUAGUAAUAAUGACGUCCUUUCAAAGUCAACAGUUAUUAAAAUUCGGUCAUGAGAAGAUAUGUAUUGAUGGAACUCACGGUACUAAUAGUUACGAUUUCCAAUUGUAUACAGUAAUGACUGUUGAUGAAUUUGGCAGUGGUUGACCGGUGGCAUUUUGUUUUGCA